CUGGCAAACAGCUGUUUGUCAAUUGUCAACUUGACAGUCCGUGCUGGUGUGUCGAUUAUUACUUAAAAAUUUUCGAUUUCUUUUCAUAAUACCUGUAAUAAAAGCAUUGUGUUUGUGUUGAUAUUUAACCCCAAUAUCGACAAUUAAUUUAACGUCAAUUCUGUGUUAUUUGUUGUAAUUCGAAAUUUGAAUUUCAAAUUUGUUUUCGGCCAGUGUCAUCAGUACUAUCCAACUUAGGCAUGGUUGAUGCGAGCUAGUCUACCAAUACAGCCAUACCACCCAAAAUGACAUCCCGUCCAUUCAGAAGGAAGCCGUUCAAAAUCUUAAGCACAUAUUUGAACACGUAAACUGGACCCUAAUGUGGUACCCUUAAAAACCAAAGUCCAUUAAGACUAAAACUCCUAGUGAUAUAUAGUGAAGUUCCUUCAUUUUGAGUGAUAUUAGAUUUAAGGUGAUAAAGUGAUAUUAUGAAUAUGCUGUCGAUAAAGUGUAGUGUGAUGAAGGUGUGGUGCUUGUUGGUGUUUGUAAAGAUUGUGGGAGGGGACCGGAGCAGCCUCCCCCCUACUUGUGAUAGUCUGAUCUACUGCCACGGACCGCUGUUAGACACGGUCCAGAUGGCCGGCCUGUACAAUGAUUCCAAGACCUUCGUGGAUAUGAAGAUAAAAAUAUCCCCAAAUAUAACGAUGGAGCAUUUCAGAGAAUUGAUGAACAGGACAGGUUCCCAACCGACGAAGGCUGAUAUCCUGCAAUUUGUGAAUGACAACUUCGAUCCUGCAGGAUCAGAGUUCGAGGAUUGGAGACCUCUUGAUUGGAAGAAUAACCCUGCAUUUCUUGAAAGAAUUAAGGACCCCCUUCUCCACAAAUGGGCGUCUCAACUGAAUGAACUGUGGUUGAAACUCGGCAGAAAGAUGAAAGAAGAAGUGAAGCAACACCAGGAGUUAUACUCAAUUAUAUACGUGGACAACCCUGUUAUUGUACCAGGUGGUCGCUUCCGAGAGUUCUAUUACUGGGACUCGUACUGGAUCAUCAAGGGUCUGCUGCUGUCGGAAAUGAGUGAUACAGCCAAAGGGAUGGUAUCCAACUUCUUAGAUGUUGUUGACAGGAUAGGGUUCAUUCCUAACGGUGGCAGAAUAUACUAUGCCAUGAGAUCUCAACCCCCUCUCCUGAUACCAAUGAUGCAGCUAAUAAUGGAAGAAUUGGAUGAUGAGGAGUUCCUCCGGAAACACUUACACACUUUGGAUAAGGAGUUCGACUUUUGGAUCACCAAUCAUACUGUCGAAGUGGAGCAUAACGGCAAUAUGUAUAAAUUGUCAAGAUUCAUCGACCAGUCACAAGGUCCUAGGCCCGAGAGUUACAAAGAAGACAUCGACUGUGCUAAGCAUUUUGAUACGUUCGAUAAGAAAGAAGAGUUCUACGCUGAACUAAAGGCUGCAGCGGAAUCUGGUUGGGAUUUCUCCACCAGGUGGUUUAUUUUGAAUGGAACUAACAAAGGUAAUCUCACAAACCUAAAGACCCGCUCCAUAAUACCAGUGGACCUGAAUUCUAUAAUGUCCUGGAACGCCAAAUUGUUACAAGACUUCCACAGGCGCGUCGGGAACGUGGCCAAAGCGGAGUAUUAUAGAGUAGUGUACGAGAGAUACAUGGAGGCUAUCGAAAAGGUUUUAUGGCAUGAGGACGUGGGAGUUUGGCUGGAUUUCAGCCUGGAGUCAGGCAGACCUCGGGACUACUUCUACCCAAGCAACUUAGCACCAUUAUGGACUGGCAGCUACGAUAAAACAAGAAAGGAAUACUAUGUGAAUAGGGUCAUGAAUUAUUUGGACAAAGUUAAGGUGGAUAAUUACGAAGGUGGAAUUCCAGCGACGUUUGAGCAUUCGGGUGAACAGUGGGACUACCCUAAUGCCUGGCCACCACUACAGUAUAUUGUGGUGAUGGGCCUUGCCAACACCGGUCUCCCUGAUGCUACGAGAUACGCCAACGAAAUUGCCACAAAGUGGGUCCGGUCCAACUUUGAAGUGUGGAAGAAGAAUGCAGCUAUGUUAGAAAAGUACGACGCUACCAUCAGCGGUGGCUUCGGAGGCGGUGGCGAAUAUGUCGUACAAACUGGUUUUGGAUGGACCAAUGCAGUCAUUAUGGCCAUGUUGAAUAAAUUUGGAGAUAAGUUGUCAGCAGAGGACGAGUUUCCCGGUAACGGCGCCAUCUACGGCGCCCACGUGGGUGCCAGCGGGGUUGCCACUGCUGUUCUCGUUGUUAUUGCGUCGCUGGCAACCGGAGCGUUAGGACUCGCCGUGUACCGAAAACGUCGAGAUAACACUCCUCUGACAGGUAGUGAAAAUGUGAAACUCCUAACUGGAAAACCUCACACAGAACUGCAGAGCCUCAACGGGACAUCGAACCAGCGAGUACGGUAAUCCCUCCCGACCUGCUAACAAAACUACAGCAUGUAUUAAAAAGUAUUAGUUGGUACGUGGCCUAUUUGCGU